AAAUAAAGAAAGAAAGAGUUUGUAAGGAGAAAAACAGAGAAAGAAGCAGAGGCAGAGAGACAGAGAAAGACAGAGAGAGAUGGAAUCGUUUCCGGUUAUUAACAUGGAGAAGCUGAAUGGUGAGGAGAGAGGAGCUACAAUGGAGUCUAUUAAGGAUGCUUGUGAGAACUGGGGCUUCUUUGAGCUGAUGAAUCAUGGGAUAACACAUGAGCUGAUGGACAAGAUAGAGAAGAUGACGAAGGAGCAUUACAAGAAGUGUAUGGAGCAGAGGUUCAAGGAGUUGGUGGCAAGCAAGGCCCUCCAAGGUGUGGACUCAGAGAUUAACGACAUGGACUGGGAGAGCACCUUCUACGUGCGCCACCUCCCUACCUCCAACAUAUCCGAAAUCCCCGAUCUUGAUGACGAUUACAGGAAGACGAUGAAGGAAUUUGUGGUGGGAUUGGAGAAAAUGGCAGAGCAACUGCUAGACCUUCUAUGUGAGAACCUGGGAUUGGAGAAAGGGUAUUUGAAGAAAGCCUUCUAUGGAUCCAAGGGCCCAAGUUUUGGGACCAAGGUCAGCAACUACCCGCCCUGCCCUAAGCCAGAGCUAAUUAAGGGCCUGCGAGCCCACACAGAUGCUGGCGGCAUCAUUCUGCUCUUCCAGGACGACAAGGUCAGUGGCCUCCAGCUUCUCAAGGACGGCCAAUGGAUUGAUGUCCCUCCAAUGCGCCAUUCCAUUGUUGUCAACCUCGGUGACCAGCUCGAGGUAAUUACGAAUGGGAAAUACAAGAGUGUGCUGCACAGAGUGAUUGCUCAAACGGAUGGCAAUAGGAUGUCGAUCGCAUCGUUCUACAACCCAGGGAGUGAUGCUGUGAUAUACCCAGCACCUUCAUUGGUGACCAAGCGUAAGGAAGAUCAGGCAGCAGUGAAUGCAGAUGCAGAGGAACAACAAAGUCAGGUUGAGUACCCCAAGUUCGUGUUCGAGGACUACAUGAAGCUUUACGCAGGGCUCAAAUUCCAGGCCAAGGAACCCAGGUUUGAGGCUAUGAAGACCAUGCCACCAACCAUCAGCUUGGGGGAUGCCAUUGCCACCGUUUAAGAACACUGCUACUGCCAAAUGCAUUCAUGAUUUUUACUUA